CCAAAUGAAAUGGUAUGUAAGGGCUUAUACGAGCGUUGUUAACACAACAAGUAUUUCAGCAGCCACUAAAAAUGGAAGAAAAAAGCAUUUUUUUAUUGGUUCUAAGCCUAAUUUUCAUUUGGACAGGAGUUAAGGGACUAGAUCCAUUUGAGGAGGUGGCUAAAGAUUUGCUAGAAAGAGAUGCCCAUUUAUUAGCACAGACCGAUAGAAACCAACGACAUGAGGUGUUUAAGACAAACCAACAAGCUUAUAUCGAAAGGUUCAAAUAUUUCUUGGUGAAUUUCAAUAGCGGCAACAGAGUUAUUUCAGAUAAAUUCGAUACAUUCGAUGAUUUUGCGUGGGAGGGUCAUUAUAUCUUAAAAGCAUAUUUAGAUCCCAACCUACGUAACCAAAUUUCACUUAAGAGCACACCAUUCCAAGAUGUGCACUCUGAUAUUAUUGAUCGCAAAAACAAAUGGGUUAUACGCAAAUUGAAGAAUUACCUUACCACAUGGAGUAAAAAUAUGCUAGUUGAAACGCAAGUUAAUCCUGAAACGGACAUUGAAAAAAUUCGCAUUAGUUUCACAGCCGCCCUUUUAGCACUGGAAGAAACGAAUGCGCCAUCUUUCAAAGAAUACGAGGUGUUCUUUGUAUAUUUUUACCAAACAUUGAAGCGACUGGUGACGACAAGAAAGAUUUACCAAGAUCCUUUCAUUAGGGAAAGUUACUUGAAGUUGGUGAAUAAACAUUUCAGGGGCGUGGGGUGCAAUGAUGAUGAUGUAACUGUAACUUGCUGCGUUUGUCAUACAACUGCCAUCCAAGGUUACGUUAUGAAAAAACUUGAAGUAAUUAAACAGGCAUUGUCUAAUAAUUAUAGUGACGCUUCCAGAGAUUUACUAAAUUUAUAUUUCUCUGUUUUGGAAUCAGCGCCAGUCACGUUUGAUAUUAGAAGAAUCCAAAAUCGAUUUAGUCAGUAUUGUGCAGUCUAUGCUACCAGAAUGGGCCAAGAUGUAGAUUUCUGUAUUAUUGGAAUGGCUCAAGAGUUGCUGAAUACUGUGUAUCAUGAACAGCCAAACAUGAAAUAUAAAACGGUCGAACAUUGGUGAAUGCAUUGAUCAGUUAACAUUCUGAACAUCUAUCUGACAAUUUGUAUAAACUUUAAUGUAAUCCAAAGUUUGAAAGAAAUUCAACUAAAUAGUAAAUGUCAAAUAAAGUCAAUAUUUUGUGACAUACUUGCCAAACCCGUA